AUGGCUGACUUGCCUAAGGAUCGCAUUGCGGCCUCACGCGCCUUUAUUGUCACUGGUGUAGACUAUUGUGGGCCGUUCUAUUAUAAGCCAGAAAUGCGUAACAAGUCCCCUCAAAAAUGUUACGUUAGCGUUUUUAUCUGCUUCGCAACAAAAGCCGUCUGGAUGGAGUUAGUGAAGGACUUAUCGACCAGCGCCUUUAUCGACGCUCUAAAGAGAUUUGUUGCUACUCGUGGCGUACCCAGCUGCAUUUGGUCAGAUAAUGCAACCAACUUCGUAGGCGCAAGAAACGAGUUGAGUGAUUUGCGACGCCUAUUUUUAAGCGAGGAGCAUCGCAGCGAGGUCCAUAACCACUGUCUCAACAAUGGGUUUGAUUGGCGAUUCAUCCCGCCCCGCUCGCCGCACUUCGGCGGCUUGUGGGAAGCAGCCGUAAAAACAGCUAAGCAGCACUUUUAUCGUUCGGUUGGCUCUUCACUUCUUGGCUUUGACGAAUUGCGCACUCUGUUAUGA